UAUCCUGCAUCACGUUGCUGCCUGUCAUCUGGAGGAAACUCCUCCCAGCACACCAGACAGCGCGUCUUGUCGCCUUUUCCAGCGCAAUGGUCUCCUGGAUCAUCUCUAGACUUGUGGUACUUGUGUUCGGUACACUAUAUCCUGCAUACUCAUCUUAUAAGGCUGUGAAGUCGAAAGAUGUGAAAGAAUAUGUGAAAUGGAUGAUGUACUGGAUAAUAUUUGCCCUAUUCACUGCUGUGGAAGUGUUUACAGAUAUGUUUCUAUGUUGGAUUCCUUUCUACUAUGAACUGAAGAUAGCCUUCGUGGUGUGGCUGCUGUCCCCUUACACUAAAGGCUCCAGUGUGCUAUACAGGAAGUUUGUUCAUCCCACGCUUUCCUCAAAAGAAAAGGACAUUGAUGAGUAUAUCUGCCAAGCGAAGGACAAAAGCUAUGACACACUGGUGCAUUUUGGGAGAAAAGGGCUGAAUGUUGCCGCCACAGCUGCAGUCAUGGCUGCGACAAAGAGCCAAGGGGUCCUGUCAGACAGACUGAGGAGCUUCAGCAUGCAGGAUCUGUCUUCCUAUCAGUCUGACCCCGUUAACACCGGCCCUGGUGCUACGCAGCCUGCAGAAGCACAGCAGCAUAGGACCAGGACUAUGAUGCGCAGCAAGUCGGAGAGCUGCAACAAAGGAGAGGAUUUUGACAUGACAGAGUUUGAGGUGUUGCGGUUGGACCAAUAUGACUCCAAGGAGUUGCUGUCCCAGACCAUUUCACCUUCUGAGUCCGAGUCUAUCACGUCCUCAAUGACACCCCAGUCCUCCACACCCUCUCCACCUCCCUCUCCUCCAGCUCCGGAGCAGCCUGAGGAGGUGGGGAAAGGGGUGCGGGCGGCAUCAUGCUCUCCGCAGCUCAGGCUGUCUAAAAGGAAGGCUCCUGAGCCUCCUCUUAGAGUCUUAAGGCCUCUCACAAGAUCCAGGAGCGCUCUUUCUUCGAACAAUGAAGCCAUGUGAAACUGUCCUAAAGACUACUCCAGCUGCCUUUGCUGCAAGAAGUGAAAAUACUGAAUGGCCAAAAGCUACAUGACUGAAGCAGCCUUGCUUUGGAAUAAGGUAUUACCAAAGUGACCUAUGAUGACCCCUCUAUAUAUAGUAUAUGGCUCAUGAUUUAAAAACAUUGAGAUAGAACAAAUGAAUGAAUGGGCUCCAUGCUGAUAGACAUUUUGAGUUUGUAGGUUAUUGAAUGUGUAUUUAUGUACAGUUGGUGUGUGCUUCAUCUUUCUGAUUUGAUUGUUUUUAUAUAUCAGGUUUGGGUAGGCAAUUGCAUGUGUGUCUUCCCAGUCAUUAGUACGCUGUUCAAUUAACAGAAUGUACUGUCACUGAAUAAUAAAGCAGGCAUUGAGAGUGACACGGUCACUCUCAGAGAAUGUGUUAAAAGCCAAGAUUUUGACCCCAUUCAGCUGAAUUCAGCACUGAUUAAUUAUCACAUUAAAGUAUUCAGAAAUCACCCAAAAAACUUUUUUUCUGAGAUGAGACAACGUAACCUUGGUGGUAAUGAAAAGUGAGACAGCAGUGGCAGACUAUAUUCUGUUAUUUACCUCUCGAUUAAAGCCUUAAAGAAAGACAUAAAAAUCAAAAAUGUCUCCACACACGAUAUAAGUAUUUCUAACACAACUAUGUUCUCAUUAAACAAUCAUUUUGCACUAUGUUUAGAAUAUAAAAUUACUGCCCUCAAUACUCUGAAACGGCCAAAAAUGACAUAAAACAAUAAUCAUGACAGAUUAGUAGCUUAAUAUUAUCACAAAUAACUUUAUCAUUAUUGCUUAUUUCUUCUGUGGUAAAGAAAUAAUUACUUGUGUAACAAGUGAUAACAGACAAAUAAAGUCAGUACUACAAGAGGUUUCCUCAGUGGAGCAGACUGUUUUUGACAAUCUACUGGUCAGUUUUGUCAUUUAAUUGACAAAUUUAAUUUGCAAUUUAAGGCCAAUUAGGAAUAUGUCACUUUCAGCUGUAGCAGAAAUAGAUUAUAACAUGGGUAAAUAUUUACCGUUUAUAAACAUGGUUCUGUUUCCAUAUUUGAAAUCACUGUGUAGUGCUCUGCUGUUAACUGAGCAACACUAAACCCAACGAUCUUACCUUCUUCUUGCUUAUUUUUUAGGACUUCAUUCAGUGACUUUAUUGGUCCGCAGGUUUACAAACUUACAUUUAAGUUAAUAUUGCAUGGUGAUACACUUUAUGUUUUCAUCUUGUACUUAAUUCACUGAGCCUGAAUCAUAGCAACAUUUUACACAACAUAUCACUGUGUUUGUUGUUGAUGGGUAGAUUUAUAAUUUCCAUCAUCGUAUCUGUAUCAUUUAGGGUGGUUUGAAGUUUGAAACAAAAGCUUCUCAGGUACAACUGUUCUGUUUACACGUCAUUCACUCUGAUGUUGUAGAUACACUUGUUAUGCACAUGAAAUGUCCUUUUAAUGGAUAAAUGGUGAAAAAAUCAGAUUGUGUUUCAAUGUUAGUGGUAUCAGUGUUAGUGCUGGAGGUGAUUUCCUUCUAUUAAAAUUCAUGCAAAGUAAAACAGAGAAAAAAAAACACAUUGCUAAGUAGCAGAUUUGUAUACUUGUGCGUAGACUGAUAAACUCAUCAUUGCAUGAUGUUUGUUAUUAGUUUGUAUGAAAAUUUGAUUUCUUAAAUGAUUUUGUUCGGAUGCCUUGCUGGUAAACAAUGACUUAUUUUGGGUCAUUUUUGGUUGCUUUGUAGAAAGAAUAUGAAAUGUUACGACUAUACAUACAUGUUGGCUAUACACAUAUAUAUGAAUAACGUCUUAUUUACUAAUAAAUUAGCCACUUUGAAUUUAUCCAUGAGGAGAAACCACUUAAGUUAUCCUAAGAAAUUUUGUUCUGGCAGGCCAGAAUGUCAAAUUACUUAAAUUUCAACUUGAUUGUGAAAUAUAAAACAAAAAGAAGUGAAGUGGUGACAUGAUGGUUCGUGACUAUCAAUUUAUCGUUCUACUAGGUUAAAUAUUUCUGUUUAAAUCGAUUUACAGCCAUUAAAUAUGAAGCAAAA